GAAGACCCGCUCGAUCCCGCGCUCGAGUAUGCUGUUGUGGAUCCUGCUCAGCCCAACAUGCCCUACGGCGACGGCUCGGACAAGGUGUUUGGCAUGGAGAACUUUGGGUACACCUGCUACAUUGCGUCGAUCUUGCAGACGCUAUAUUACACCACCUCGUUCCGCCACCAAAUUUUGGCCUUCCCGGAACGCGAUGCAGCACACCCACGCAAGCGGAAACUACGAUACGGCAUGUCGGAAACGAUAUUCACCGCCUUGAAGGACGUUUUCGAGUGUAUCACCGAAAAUGUGUCGAAAGUGGGGAUUGUGUCUGCGCAGCAGCUCGUCGAGGUGGUGAAGAAAGAGAACGAGAUGUUCCGCAGCUCCAUGCACCAGGAUGCCCACGAAUUCCUGAAUUUCCUCCUCAACAACGUGAUCGAGGCUCUAGACAAUUACUGCAACGCGACCGGAGCGGAAACAGAUAUCCAUCGUCUUUUCGAGGGCCUGCUAACGAGCGAGACGAAAUGUCUGUCGUGCGAGACGGUUUCCACUCGCGACGAGCUCUUCCUCGACCUUUCGAUCGACCUGCAACCAAACACUUCCAUAACGCACUGCCUAAAAAUGUUCUCGCAGAGCGAGAUGCUCACAGAGUCCAACAAGUUCUACUGCGAGUCGUGCCACUCGCUACAGGAGGCAGCCAAGACCAUAAAGCUCAAGAAGCUGCCCAAGAUCCUGGCAUUGCACCUCAAACGGUUCAAGUACGCCGAGGAGCUGGGCAGAAACGUCAAGCUCUUCUACCGCGUCGAGUACACCAAAACGCUGCGCAUCUUCAACACGACAGAGGGCUCCGCAUACGCCGACAAGAUGUACGAGCUGUAUGCUGUCGUGGUGCACAUCGGCGGGGGCCCGUCGCACGGACACUACGUGGCGAUCGUGAAGACGGACCGCUUUGGCUGGCUUCUUUUCGACGACGAGACGGUCGAAUGCGUGGACGAGAACUUUGUGUACCGUUUCUUUGGCGACGGGCCGGGCCUUGCAACGGCGUAUCUGCUGUUCUACCGC